AUGUCGACCAAUUCCGACCUUUCGCCGCCGGCGUCUCCGUCUCCGAUCUUCCAAAUCACACACUGCGCGCAAUCUAAUCUCCUCCCAUCGUGCGUCUCGAUCCCUGGCGCGUUUGACACAGACGACGAAGUAUUCGUGUCGGUGGAGGAAUUCUGUAACCCUUUUGAUUUGAUGGUGCAGGACACCACACGGGGAGAUCCGCCCCUCGGCGGCAGUACAACAAUGGACGAAGCUCACGAUACAGACAGCGAUAUUUACCAUACGCAAGAUGAGACCACGCUCGAAUUAGGCCGAGACGACGAUCCCACCUCCACGAUCGACCCUUCGGACCACGACGAUUCGAAUAUAUCCCACCUCCCUCCUUUGCCCGAUCACGACGACAAUAGUUUGUUCCUUUCCAGCGAGGACGGAGACCAUGAGCGCGCUGAGAACCAGACUUUCUUGGAAGAGAAAGAAAUGCGGAGGAAACUGAUGGACAUGGAGUCGAGUUUCUUACCUGAACCUUCAACAAUCGAGGUCGCUCCUUCGGACCAGGCCGCGGGUAUCGGCGGCCCUCUCUUGAUCCAGGAUAACAGUGAAAAUUCGCAUGAGCCGGCCGCAUCGGAGGCCAACCAGUCCUUCAUGACGGCGGACAAUACGAGCCACGAUUUGGUAUCCACUGGCGAGGAGGUGCCGGUUCCGCAAACUCCAAGUUUGGGUCCUCAGGACGAUUCUACCAUGGGCCUGGAUGCUACACCCACUACCGUGUCGCAACAACAUGGAGAAGAUACAACCACGUUGGAGGCAAUAUCUUCAUCGCCUGCAGCGGAAGCCGCGGCGCGAUCGUCCACCAGGGUACAAUCUACCUUCUCGGAGGGUUCGCAGGCAACCAACAGGGUUGGCCAAGAAGACGCUGACCAUUCUACGACACUAGAUCUGAAUCGCUCCAUGCAGGCGGCUAAUCUAAGUACACAGACAAGUUUUCGGAGCUCAUCGUUGGAACGGCCGAGACUUUUCCAGAACGAGAGUGCUCAGGAUGCAGAAGCAGCCUCCCGCACAAGCAGUCGAAGGGACAGCAGGCCGAAAUACUUGAACAGUCGCCAGUCAUCUCAUCGACUCUCAUAUUCAUCUGUCGCCAGUAACAACACCGAGAUUACCAAUAGCGAUGCGACGCUGGGCGCGGACUACGCCCUUCAGUCCGGUGGCGCUGUCCCAGGCAACUCUCAUCCUGCUCAAGGUGACCCUCGCAACAACCUAACGAGAUCUAUUAGCUUAGGUAGCAUGGCUUCCGGCAUUUCUAGCCUGAGUGAGGAGAAUGUCAUGGACAGGAGAAAUCCCUCUGCAGUUGCCGAGGGCGGCCUGCAGACACUGACUGAGGAAGAAGGCACAUCGCAGUCGCGGCCCGGUUCAUCUCAGCAGCAGUCGCAGCCGCAGUCGCACCAAGAACACCAAUCGCCCACGUUAGGAGAUGAUCAAGGGCCGAUGACACCAAAAGCAAAACCUCGAGACAACAUCUUUCCAACAGACACCGCCAUUGCAGAACGUGUCAAGGACGUCCAGGUACCAAGCGCAUUUGUCCGGCAGUUCCAGGAAGACUUUGCUGGUCGACCAUCGUCCCCUGAGAAGCGUGCUGGCCUUCCAACUCCGGGUUUCACGAGGAGUGGUCGAACCAUGACGCUCAAAGAGCAAAGCAGCACGAUUGACCGCCUGUCGAAGGAGAACUUUGAUCUGAAGAUGCGCAUCCACUUCCUCAACGAAGCACUGAACAGGCGAUCGGAGGAAGGAAUCAAGGAGAUGAUCUCUGAGAAUGUCGAGCUGAAGUCGGACAAACUCAAGUUGCAGAAAGACAAUCAGAAUUUGAAGAGAAAGCUCCGCGACUUGGAAAAGCAGCUCAAGGACCAACAAUCGGACAAAGAGUCCAUGGCCAAUCACGAUCCCGAAGGCUCCGACGAGGAUUCCCGGGAUGCCGCACAAGACGAAGAGAUCCUGUAUCUGAGGGAGAGACAGGAGGCUUACGAACUUGAAAUCGAGAGACUUCGGUCCGAGAGUAUUGUUCGGGAAAGCGAAAAGAGGAGACUUGCGGAGAUGGUCAAAGCAUUGAGCGACAGGCCGGUCGGCUCGGAGGCUGGGGCAAGGGAAGAGAGGGAUAUGUGGAAGGAUAUGCUUGAUGCGGAAACUGCCGCGCGGGAACAGGCCGAGGAGGAAAACAAGCGAAUCAAGGAUGAAGUACAGGCCCUCCGGAACGAACUGAACUACGUGAUGGCCCUUCCGAGAGCAGGGCAGCGAGACCGCGUGGGAUCGAUGAUGUCGUAUACGACAGCCUCCGACAGAGAUUUAACCCGCAUGCCGACCCUUACAAGUUCGUCCAGCGAUACACUCGUGGAAGAGCUACGACUCCUCAGGCAGGAGAAUGCAGAACUCAGGAGAGAAGUUAGCGCACAGACAUCCAUGCUCACAUCUCGUAACAAGGAGAAAGAGCGGCUGUACCAAGAGAUCGAGGAGCUGAAACUCGGUCAGCGUCGUGACGGUGUUCGAUCUAUCGCCGGGGAUAGCAUCUUUGAUCGCUCUGCUUCUCGGGCGCAGGGCAGAUCCUCUUCGCGGGCCAGUGACGGUACAGGACCAUCUCGAAGCGAUGAUGCAGAACGCGAGGACCUGGAACUGCGGAUUGGCCAACUGCGCGACCAAGUAUCCGCACUGAAACUUGAGAACCAAACUAUCAGGGCCGAGUUAGAAGAACGCAUCGCGGAAUACGAUGCCCUCGACAAGCAAUAUCAGGCCGACGUAGACGGGGCUGAUGAGAUGUUCAACGCGUUACACCAAGAACGUGACGAAGCUGAACGAAAAAUGAAUGACUGCAUCGUCAACAUGCAGAUUAUGGACGCCCAGUAUACAGAAGAUAUAGAAAACCUCGAGGAGGAUGUCAGACGAAAGACAGAGGAAUGUGAGCGUCUGGAAGAGGAGCUCCGGAAUCAGGACGAGAACCUCCGGGCAUUGCAAGCUGAGAUGCGCUCCGCCAGUGAAGGUAUCAUACGGCUCGAGGAAGACGCGCAAACCAACCUGCAGCGAUAUGAAACAGUUCAAAGAGAGCUCCAGGACUGUAACCGAGAGAUGGAGGCAUUGGAGAAGAGUCUGUAUGAGGCGAAUACCAAGGUGCAGCGACUUACUGUCCAAAUCGAAUCGAGCCAAAACGAGAUUGCGUUCCUGCGCGAAGAGCAAGACGGUGAUAAGAUCAGGAUUGGGGACCUGGAGUCUGAACUUAAGACAUGCCAGAUGAGCCUGCAGAGCGAAAGGGACAAGGUAAAGGAGUUGGAGUCUCGUCUGGCCGAGGAACGACAUCAACGCGAAGUCGUAGGAACCAAGGAGAAACAGGAGGUUCAGCGCAUCAUCAACGAACUGAACCGGGAGGCUUCUUCAACCAGGGAGGAGGCCCGCAGGUUGAAGAAGAGCCUGUCUGCGCAAGAAAUCGAAACGGCCACCUGGAGAGAGCGACUUAUGGACUUGGAGAAUAACCUGAGGGAGACGCUGGGCGAUCUUACUGGCAGCCGUUCCAGCCUGAUUUCGAACAUCAUGAAGUUACAAAAAGAACUUGAGUCGACAGCCUUGGAGCUUGAGAGCGUCCGGUCAAAGCUCGACGAGAAAGAGACUCUCUUGCGAAACCGUGAUGCUCUUCUUGAAAGUCACGGACUCGAGUCUCGCAAGCUGGCUGAGCUCCUCGAACGUGAACGACAGGCCCGUCGGGCGGACAAGCAGUCGUUUGAACAGGCCCUCAAAUCUCACCACCAGGCAUCUCGUACCAUCACUCAGAACAAUUCACGCAUUACGGAGUUGGAAAAUGCCCGGAGCCAGGACCGCAAGCGAUUUACAGCGCUGGAGCAGCAGUUCAAAGAGCAACUCAACGAGCGAAACUCCAUGCUACUGACAAUGUGGAAGCGGCUGUCCGCAAUGUGUGGGCCGGACUGGGCGCAUUCGAACAGUCUCAUCAAUGGAAAUCUACCCAGCCAAGAGGUGAUUGGCAAUAUACUAUUCUGGCCAGGAUUCAGCCGCAACCUCUUGCUCGCGGUCAAGACGCUGGAGAAUGUGAUAGCGGGAUUUAAAAGCCGCAUCAAGGGCGUCGAGCGCGAUCUGACCAAGCAGUAUCAGAAUCUUGAGCAUACCUUAGGACAGCGCAUCAAAAAGCUCGACCGCUUAGAGGAGUCGGUGAUGAAUUUGCGGGCUCAGCAGCAUAGCAGGGGCCAGACCGGCAUGUCGCCCGAGAUCGCCAAGCUACGCGGAGAGAACCGGCUGCUAAAGGCGGAGCUGAAUCUGCUUCAGUCUCAUUCGCGCAGUCGCGGGCCGACGUCCGCAGCAGCUGUUGCCGCUGGUAUGGGACAAGGCAUCCCACGCUCGCCCAGUCGAACACUGAGCACGGAGUCCGGGACAGACGCAGAGUCGGCCUUGACCCGCCACCGUUCCGUGAUCGAAAAGUCAGCGACGCCCCACCUUUCCAGGAAUCCGCACCGGAGUUCGACAACAGGCAUCCCCCAGCCAUCGUCGAACGCGCCAGCUGACGACGCGGGUGCCAUGGUCCCCAGUUCACGCUCACGGCAUGCAUCGGGUGACCCGGUAAGCAAUGAGAGAUGGAUCCAUCGUCUGAGAGAACUGGAGAAGCGAUUGAAGGCGGAGCGGGAGGCGCGUUUGCUUGAUCGCAGCGGAGCGCGCAAGCGGCUCGAGGAGCGGGAUGCGGAGAACCAACGGCUCCGUGCUCAGCUGGAGAGACAGCGCAUGCGGCGAGGUCUGUCGGCGGAGACCUCGACCGAGGGCGAUUACGAUCACGGUCGAGCCCGCAAAUCAGAGCAUUCCGAUCCGAGCAACGACGGUGAUUAUGGCCGUCAUAGGGAUGAGGAGCUGAGCUCGAGCGAAGGAGAGGGGAUAUGUGUGGACAUUGAAGUUUAA